GCGCGCUGGCAGGCACAGUAACAGAGCUGUGCAGAAGGAAAUCCAACCGGAUGUCAGUGCGUCUGACAAAACCCCCUUGCUGAACGGAAAGGAAAUCAGCAGCGAAUCCCCACGAGUGCCGCCGAUUGUGCCGGAUCCCGGCUUCUUGGCCAGCGAGGCAAGAGCAUUCCAUUUCCAACCACUGAGCAUCGAUCGACAUGAGCCUUUGAUCGAGAUAUCACGUUCGUGGAGCCAGAGGUGGUGGGGGGCCUGACAGAAGGGCCUUGUAUGGCUUGUGCAGCUCUUUAGAGUUGUAAUCCCUCCACACCAGGAGGUACUGCCUGCCGACCACCCAUCCGAAAUGCGCAGGUGGCUGACGCCUCUUCUCUACACACGCUUGCGGCUGGAAAUGGCAAGGGCAAGGUACGAGCGUGCUGAGCUACGGAUCGGCGGAGCUUUUCUUGUUGGUGUGAGCGUCUACGUGUUCACUCUCUGUCACUGGGUGUUGAGGACUCACUUCCAGUGUAAGGCUGUUUUGUGGAGGGUGUGUCUCUACACACCCAGGACUCUUGCAGUCCUCUACCCAGCCAUGUUCAUUGUGCCUGGCAUUGUGAGCUUUCGCUACUCAGUCUAUGCUGCUUUGGGAGUGGUGUGGAUGGUGCUGUGUGGGGGUGGCACUGUGGUGGUUGCAGCAGUCAAAGGCUCGAAAGUUGUUUGGCUGGUGAGCACCACAGGCUUUGGAGCUAGCUACGUUGUCCUAGCUCUCUUGGGGAGGCAGUACAUAGCUCCAGUUGCACCUUACAGUGAGUAUGACCAGCUUGCGAGGACAAAUCAAGACCUCUCCCAGUUUUUGGAGACUCAGUUCCCCCCGGUUGCAGGUUCUACUACAGCACUGGACCUUGCCGGACUGCUGCCACUGGCUCUCGAUGGUUGCGGCUCUCGUGAAGAACGGCCGAAACAAAAGGGAUGGAAGAAGGGAUGGGACUAAAGGAAAAAUGUUUAAGUGGAGCAGGACACCAAGCUCUUGUUCUUCUUCAGACGAAGAAGGCGAUUGAUCACUUCGGCCAGAUGAUCAAGAGAGGCAGCAACACGGUGACUUACAACUCCCUGGGACAGAUGGACGAGGCGAUGAACCAGAUAACCGAGACUGGAAGCUCUCCGGACGUACACCACCCUCAUGAACGGCUUCUGCAAGCUGACGAGGUUGGACGAUGCGUUCGAUCUCCUCAACCAGAUGAGCGCAGGGGGCUGUGGUGAAUUUCACGACCUUGACGCUGUGCAUGUUUUAGGUGAGACGAGGAGAAGCUUCUUAUCUACACUCUAUACCAUUCGCUGCAGACUAAACCAGUUGGAGGCCUGGAACUUGAGAGGGAUUGUCCUCCCAGCGUUGUCUAGUUCAACCCAGGACAGUGUAAAGUGAACUGGUCCAGGGAAGCCAUGGAGCUCAUCGAAGAAGCCCGAAGAAGACUGGAUGUGGUGUUGUAUACCACUGCUAUCGAUGGCCAUUGUGUUGGGUAUUUUUCUUUAAAGUUAUAAACAAAAUUUUUCUUUUGUGUA